GUUUCUUUGUGGGGAUGCUUUUCUUCUGGAGCCCAUAAAGUUUUGAGCUUUCAGAUUGGGUCUCACUCUCUCUCUCUCUCUUUUUGAAAGUUUAUUAAGGAGGGCCAUACAGACAAUACCUGUUGAAGAUGAGGGUUGGAAGGAAGAGAGGAACCCAGAGAGAUAAAGCUGUUGGAAAAAGCUGAAAGUGAGGUAACCGAAAGAGGAAAAAAAAAGCUUUUUAAUUUCCUUCCUCUAUUCUAUUCUCUUAGUCUUAGGUACCCGUAUCUAUCAUCAUCUUCUCUAGCGAGCUCAGAGCUCAUCCUGCUCCUUCUCUUAAUUCUAUUAUCAUACAACUAAGAAUGAUCGACAUGUUAGUGAUCCAUAACUCAUUACCUCCCACUUCUGAGGCCGAGAAUGGUACUGCUGCUACUGCCACUAAUAAAAGGAAGAGAAGGCCUGCAGGAACACCAGAUCCAGAUGCAGAAGUAGUGUCCCUCUCACCCAAAACCUUGCUGGAAUCAGAUCGUUAUGUGUGUGAGAUCUGCAACCAGGGAUUUCAGAGGGACCAGAACCUUCAGAUGCACCGGCGGCGGCACAAGGUGCCAUGGAAGCUGUUGAAGAGGGAAACUACAGCGGUGGUGAAGAAGCGAGUGUUUGUAUGCCCGGAGCCUAGUUGUUUGCACCAUGACCCAUGCCAUGCUCUGGGUGAUCUUGUCGGCAUAAAGAAGCAUUUCAGAAGGAAACACAACAAUCACAAGCAAUGGGUCUGCGAGAGAUGCUCCAAAGGCUAUGCGGUGCAGUCUGAUUACAAAGCACAUCUCAAAACUUGUGGCACCCGAGGACACUCUUGCGAUUGUGGCCGCGUUUUCUCAAGGGUGGAGAGCUUUAUUGAGCACCAAGACGCGUGCAACGUAGGGAGGCUGGGGCCAGAAACACAAUCACAGGCACAGGCAGUGCAAGCAGCUGCAUGCUUGUCUCGAACAGCUUCAAGCGAAACCAAUUUCAGCACUGGUUCCCCUUGGCCACAAAGCGGUACUAUAAUAAUUCCAAAUCCCACCGUUACGGUAGUAGAACCCUCCUCAUACACCAUUGUCACUGCCGAAACCAACAACAAAGUCCACCCCAACCUGGAGCUUCAGCUCUCUAAUACCACUCCUACUGCAUCAUCACAGGAAGAAAGGGUUCAUCAAGAGCAGUUGAGGAUUGCGAAGGCGAAGAAAGCGUUGGCGGAAGAGGCAAGGAAGCAAGCCAAGAGGCAAAUCGAACUGGCCGAACUUGAGUUCACUAACGCCAAGAGGAUAAGACAAGAAGCGCUUGCGGAACUUGACAAAGCCUAUGCCUUCAAGGACCAUGCAAUCAAACACAUCAAUUCAAUCAUGCUUCAAAUCACUUGCCGAGCUUGCAAGCACCAUUUUCAUUCGCCAACCGACGACCAAAUCUUCUCCUACAUAACACAAGCUCGCCAAGUACAAAAACAUCGUCUCAAACCCAUUAUUAAUUAACUCUUAAUUAGACGACAUCGAUCCCUUCCUUCUUUUACUAUUACUACUAUGUCAAGUGAGUGCUAUGGUUAUGUACGUGUGGGAUUAAUAGCCAGCUAGCGAGGUGGUGGAAAAAAUGUGGGUUAUUAUUAAUGUAAAUGUAAAUUAGUUGCAGCUUGUGCCAUGUUAUUUAAAUGCAGACUAUAAUAUGAUGAGCAGGUUUUGCUGGAUGUACGUACGUAUAUAUGGGUUAAAUAAUGUUGGUUUUUUAAUUUGUAGAUAUAAUAUAUUUGGUCUA